GCGUGUUCGGUUUAAAACAAAAGUUCUUUUUUGCACCGAAACAUAAUCAAGCGUUUACAUUGCCACAGUGUGAGAAACUAAGCUGUUGUGCGCAUGAUAAUCCAGAUUGUCCAUUAAAGAAUGUCAAAACAGGUUCAAUGGAAAAAGUUUUCACCAGACUGGAAAAAUCAGAAAACACCAAACGACAGUGGUGUCGACAAAACUUCCAAACUUCAGAGGUGGAAUCUUUCGAAAAAGAAUAGAUUGUUCCGAGUAUUGUAUGCCUUAGGUUCCAUUGCGUACUUAAUUGGCUGCCUCUACCAGACUUCAUCCUUCUUAAACUUGUAUUUUCAAUACCCAACUACGAUGGAGGUAAAUGUCGUCCAAGAACCUGUACUCACAUUUCCGGGAGUAACUGUGUGCAACGGAAACAGAGUUCGUCACAAAGAGUGGUGCAAACUCGAUUCAGAAAUUUGUAAGCCAAGGGAAAACGAGAAUUAUGAGAACUACAUUACAAGGCUGCAGGACACCUAUAAAUACCUGAACAGAUCAAUAAGAAUAUUUUUGGGCACUCGAAAAGAGAGCUUCAUACGCUCCUGUUCUUUUGAAGAUUCCACCUGCGAUGGACUCAUCGGAAGCUACUUCAAUUACGAAUACACAAAUUGCUUCACCAUCAACGCAAAAUGGGCAAAUGAUUCAGUCAAACUCUUCAAUGCCAGCAUGUUCAGACCUCGAAGUGGCCGAUCUUCAGAGUUGUCAAUUAUGAUGAAUCUAGAAUCUGAUGAAUACAGCCCUAUGAAUCCUGUUGUCAGAGCCCGGAUGACUAUACAUGACCCGAACACCAUACCUAAUCCCCAAUACGAUGGGGUGAGCCUACAACCAGGAAGAACGUACAACUACGGAAUAAGAGAAAGCAUGGUUCAUGUUUUGCCUUCACCCUAUCAAACGGACUGCAAAAAUUAUUCUGGGUUGAAAGAAGUGCGGACGUUAUCAAAGCAAACUCAAGAGGGUUGCAUGUCAGAAUGUUUCGCCAACAUGCAUGUCCGUUUCUGUGAUUGCACUGUUCACAGGCUCUCUCUCAUCUACGACAUAAGAACUUGCUGGGAUCCUAAAGAAGAUCAAUGUCUUAAAGAAUACGAUCAACAAAUAAAAGAGCUUUGCUACCCUGAAUGUCGAAUGCCUUGCAGGAAAAUAACAUACAGCUACAUUUCUGUGGAUUCAUUCAUUUUGCAGCAGGGAGCAUGUUACAGUGAAGAUUUGUUCAAUCGCACACUCUCAGAAGAAAACAGGAAAAACUUCAUAUGUCUGAAAGUUUUUUAUGCAUCGGCAGACUCUGAAGUUUAUAGUCACAAGCCAAAAUAUAACGGAAUUCAAGUAUUUAGUAUCAUUGGAGGAUACAUUGGUUUAUGGCUUGGCAUUUCAUUACUAGAUGUUUAUAGUUAUGUUGUGAAUGGUGUAUUCCUCUGUUUUGCUAAUAGGAAGAAAAAUAAAAAAAUGUAC